CCAGCAGGGUAGAAUUCCGGGCGUUAAAUGGGAGGUUUAGGACCCACCAUCAGGCUGUGAGACCCUCGGAUCUGCGCCUCUGAUUGUGCCUGUCCAGUUGCAGCUGCCACAGGUUUUUGAAACAUGCAUCCUUCACUCUUCCUGGCCGCCCUUUGCCUGGGAAUAGCUUCAGCUGCUCCACAAGUCGAUCCAAAUUUAGAUGCACAAUGGUUCCAGUGGAAAGCGGCACAUGGGAAAAUAUAUAAUGUGGAUGAAGAAGGAUGGAGGAGAGCAGUGUGGGAGACGAAUCUGAAGAUGAUUGAACAGCACAAUCGGGAAUACAAUCAAGGGAAACACAGCUUCACAAUGGCAAUGAAUAGCUUUGGUGACAUGACCAAUGACGAAUUCAGGCACACAAUGAAUGGUCUUAAAAUCCAGAAGGGGAAAAACAGGGGACACUUGAUGUCAUCGAGUGAAAGUGGCACUGAAGAGUAAAGAACAUGUGAAUAAUCACAAGUUAAAUAAAAAGAGAAGGAAGCAAAACAUGUUUGGAGUGCAUGUU